CCAGUCCCACCCAAUUCCACUCCCUCUCAGUCCCAGUCAGUGCUGACCGCAUUAGGGUUCCUGCCUUCCUCUUAUUACUGUGAUAAGGGCCUGGAGCAGCAGAGAUGAUUGUGUCACUGUGAGAGCUGAGAUGACGGGCUGACAUGUCGUGGUCCUCUGGUCUGGCAUUCCAGCUCCUGUCAGUCCUGGUGCUGCUGGCCGGCGUAGGGACAUCAGAACUGGAACCACCAAGUAACAUUCAGAUCAGAAAUUAUAACGGGAACCUCUCAGCAUCAUGGAGCUGCGAUAUUAGUGAUGAUGACAGCACGGAGGUGACCUUUACUGCCUUUUAUCAGAAGUCUGGAACAGCAGCCCGCAUAGUCCAUUGGUGCAAUCACACUGACGCCUGCGUAUGUAAUAUGCCCCCUGAACUACUGGAUUACAGUCAAAAUUACACUUUUCAUGUCAGAGGUGAAACUCCGCACGGACACAGCCGAUAUAACGCUAUAGACUUCCAUCCAAAGAGUGUUGGCUUGCCAAAGAAUCUCAGGGUGGAGGCCAUAAACAGUAGAUACCUGUUGAAGUGGGACUGGGACUACGAACAGUAUCCAAACGUGACCUUCUCAGUGGAACAACGUAAUCUUUUCAACACAGAAUGGAAAAAAAUUGCCACAUGUGGAAAUAUCACCGUCCCGUUGUGUGACCUAUCAAACGAAGUAUAUUUUAUUUACACAUACAGUUUGCGCACAUCUAUGUACGACAGCCAGAGAGAUAAAUACAACUUCAGCCUUGUGACGUUUCAUCCAGAAACAGAUGCUGUGAUGGGGCCCCCAACAGACAUUAGCAUAACCAUUGAGAACCAAGAUCUGAUCAUCCUUGUGAGCGCGCCUGAAGGAUUUAACGAUAAGAACCUCUUCAAUGUUUGUGAUUGGAUCUACCACCUGGAAUACUGGAAAAAUACAACACACCCUCAGGUGAUUCCUACAGAAAUGCAUGGUCCUCAUUUUACAGCAAAAGACCUGGAAGCCUCCACAACUUAUUGUAUGAAAGCACGAACAAAGUGUGUGGAUGAUGAACACAGAGCCGGCCUUUACAGUGGUAUUCACUGCGUCACAACUGAUCCCCGAUCUUACGUGACGUUGUGGAUUGCAGGGUCAGUCGUUAUUGCAAUCAUCGUCAUUGCCCUAGUUGUGUACAUCUGUUUCUGCCCCUUAAAACGAUACAUGAAGCAUAUCUUCUUCCCGUCCAGCAAGCUGCCUGCAAGCAUUGGAAAGGAUAUGCAGGAUUCACCCCAGAAGUUUGGUCAGAUUCCAUUUGCAUUACAAGAAGAGGAGGCUUUUGACAGGUGCUACAUUAUCCAGGAGGCCCAGCAGGAAGAUCUGGUGCAGACAGAGACAGAUACAUCAGCAGCCAGAAGCAAGGACUCCGGCCACUAUUCCAUUGAGGAUGAAGGCAGAGAGGAGACGGAUGUGUGCACUGGGUGAACCUCAUGGGCCCUGCUAUUCAUGAUAGACUCUCACUGAGUAGACUGGUAUCCCCAGUGCUGUAGGACAAACAAGCCACCAGACCGGGCGUUCUACCCCUGUGCCCGGAUUGGAUAACAAACCUUAGCCAGUGGAACAACGUACUACAGCGCUCCUGUUAUGCUGUGCACAAGAGAGUUUAGGUGCUGAGGACCAGAUUGAAACUCGGGAUCAAAUCUCAGAUAAGCUCCUGGAACAAAUCAUUUUACAAUGCAAGGGGUGCAAAUGGCUUUAUAUUUUCCUUCUUACAGGAAAACUGCCGUCUGCUUCUGCAUGUAGUGAACAAACAGUGGGCAGCAUUGCAUUUAGAAUGAAUCUAGGACACGCCCUUUCCAAAGCCCAAAUCUCAUUUUAAACCCCCCUAUUUUCGGUGCUAGGUGAUUUUACCAGGGUGCAAAUUGCUCUCACUCUUAUCCUGAGAUUAUAGCACCUCUCUGAUGUCCCGAUCCCAUAGCGAUUUCAUAGGCUGCAUCCUCAUGAACUUGGGUUUAGCCCACAAAUUGUCCGCCACUGUGUGUAGGCGACAGACGCACGAUACAGAACUGUAAUACCUGGCGUGGGUGGCGUUCACUCAGCAGAAGGAGAGAAUAGGUGAGCGGCCACACCUUGCUAUGGGGAUAGACUGACAGAGCGAUCAUGUUUCCUGUGGUGCUACUAUACCAUAAGGUGUAUAAUGGAACUCCCCCACUAGUUUUCAAGUGGUGAAUACGUGCUGCGCUCCGUUAUGGGGCGCGGAUGACAUUUUUAUAAUCUGCAAGUGACUCUUUAUAAGAGAUGUUUAUGUGUGUAUCGUGCUUUUGCUGUCCUAGAGCCUGAUGCUGAGUUGCGCGGAGUCUGCACGCAAGACCGAUGUUCACGGAGCUGAGCGACUUUUGCUACUGCACCUGCGCAAACAUUUCUGAAACCUCCUACUGCGCAUGUGUUACACACAUUGGGGCUAAUUCAGACCUGAUCGCUGCUGUGCAUUUUCGCACAGCAGCGAUCAGGUGUGAACUGCGCUGGCGCCGCAGUGCGCCGGCACAUGCCAGACAGGCGACGGUUGUCUUAGUCCUGUGAUCGCCUCUGCCUGAUUGACAGGCAGAGGCAGUCGCUGGGUGGGAGGGGAAGCGGUCCGGACAACGCAGGCGUACCCGGACCAUUGGGGGCGGGCCGCGGCUGCGUGAUGUCACACACGGCCGCUGCGACCCUCACAGCGACGGGUAGCUCCCUGCCAGCGCACAGGAGGUGCGCUGGUAGGGAGCUACUCUUCCAGUACAAAAGUGCUUCUGUACUUGUGCGACGGGGGAGGGCCUGACAAGCUGGUCAGACUAGCCCUGUGCUGGGCGUCCCCCCGGCAUGUCAGGGAAGCUAAAUUUAGCACAUCUACGAUCAGGUCUGAAUCCCCCCCCCCAUUGUGCGCACAAAGGGGCUGUUGUAAUUGGGACAGAUGAUUCUAGAAAUGUGUCGGAAAAGAGAUGGGUGGUGACUGGGCAGUGGCUGGUAGUCCACCCAAAAGUGGCCCGUUCUGUGGGAGUUUUAUGGGAGUGUUGCAGUUGUGUCACUGCAAGCAGCUACGUUCCCAGAUGCACAGCCGCAGCCAUAGGAACCUGCGUUCAGGGGGAAACAGUGUACCAGCCAUGGGGCCAAGGACGCACCAAUCAGUGUUACAGCGUGCACUAACGCUAAAACUGGGCGCCUCAGCCUGUGCACAUUCAGCUGAAUGGACGUACACUAGGGAAGCAGCGUGUAACGGCAUAAAGUCAAAAGGCGGGUGACCGGACAUAGACAUUGCGGCGUGUGCUUUUCCCGUGACUCAGAAUCAGGCCAAUAACGUUCUACAUAUGCCAAAAAUCCUACUAACAGCACUUCUGCGGGCCGAAAGCUUGUGAACUAUUACAUAAUACUAAUACAUAACUUAUUAACCAUGUCCAUAGCAUAGAAGGUUAUUCUUAUGUUUUGUUGUUUAUUCAUGAGCACCUGUUCAUUGUGUUGUAUGAGCACGAUGUUGGAAAAGAAGCUUUCCCACAGGAGAGAGGAUGAGAGUCUGUAACUGGUGCUGACCGUUCUAUAACUCCACAGGAUCUGUGCUCAUAACCAACCAGGUUGGGCUUUCCUUUAAAAUUCUUGCCGCUUUAAUGGGGCUUGUACCUCGCAGGCUGUUACAGGAGCCGUGGGUGCAUCCAGCAUCUCGGAAACGCUCUGUGGAACAUUCUCCGCUCAGAGCAAAGCUCCCCAUGGUACAAGGCACUUUUGUAAAAGGUGUUUGUAGAGUACGCUGGAAGUGGGGAGAGGCUUUGAAGGGCGUUUUCAGAUAUCGUGGAGGGGUAGAGCUUCUCUUUUGAAGAUAUCUUGGUUAUUUGGGCCUAGACGGCCCAAGAGGAGUCCCAUUGAAAGUAAUGGCCAGCACAUUAUCACUGUGACGAUCCAGAUAAUGGGGGUCAUUCCGAGUUGAUCGUAGCUGUGCUAAAUUUAGCACAGCUACGAUCAUUCACACUGACAUGCGGGAGGACUAGCCAUUAUUGGCCGGUCCGCUCCCCCUAAACGGCGGCUUAACGCUGCCGUCCAGCCCCCUCCCGCCUAGUGACCGACUGUCUCAGAGGCGAUUGCUAGGCAACGACGGCUGCCAUGCGCUGCGAAAAACUGCAGUGAGCGAUCGGUUCAGAAUGACCCCCAAUGGGUCAUGCACAGUGUGACCGGACGCCGGCCCUCGCUGCCUACGCACAGUGAUCACAGAUUGGGUUUGGGUUUCACGGGACCUGGCCAAUAGGGUAUUCCCUCUUACCAUCAGUAACCGCCUGUUACUGACUGCACCACUGCGCAGUGGGCGGUGCCACUACCAGGCUCCUCUUGCAUGGUACCUGGAACCACAUUUCUGCUGUUUAUGCGUCAACACGCUGCUGACACACCUCCUGACUGGCGUCGGUGGACCCCUCUGGUCGCCGAGCAGGAUUAUGCCCAGCAUGGUAGGUUACCAAGGGAGGAGCUUGGAGACGCUGGGCUCAAACCAGGGCAACCGGAGAAUGGGACUGCGUUUGUCGCAUACCUUUUGGUCGCAAGAUUUAGGCGUCUUGAAGGCGAAGAUGUUUACUGCACAGAAAGUCUUAUAGUAGACUGUUCUCCUGUACAAGCAUUGCUCAAUAGGUAUAGCAUACAAUGUUACAGCAGCUGUCACAGAACAUGUGCUCUCACAGGGCUCACAGCCCGCCUUCUAUAUAUAGGGGUCUAUUCAGACACCAACGCAUCCGCGCAUGCGGACCCUUCUCCUUGCUCCAGAUGCGGCCGCAAGGUGAUUGACAGUGGCAGCUGUCGAAGGGGCAUCGGCGUUGCGGGUAAAAGUGGAGCGUUUUCGGGGCAGCUGCGUGACGUCACACACUCCCGAUCUUGCGCUGGCAGGGGUCAACUUUAAAUCAAUGCGUCCGCAUUGAAAAUUGCGGACACAUCACGGGGCAGCACCACACACAUGCUGGGUGGCCUUGUCCUGUGCUGGGUGGCCACCAGCAUGUGAGGAGAUGGACGCGGAUCUUGCUGCAGGAAGCAAGGUCUGCGCCCAUCUCUGAAUAACCUUCUUAAGGUCCAUACACACUGAGCGCUUUUCCCCGCUGCCCAGCGAUGUCAGCGGGGGUGAGUGGCUUUCCAUACCAGGACGCUAUGGAAAGCCGCUCACCCCGCCUUUCAUCUACUGGUAAUACCAGUAGAUGAAUGGCGGCCGGCAGCGAUGAAGCGGGAGCGCGCAUCAGCGCUCAUCGUUUGGCCAUACACACUGGGCGGCUUUGAGCUGAAAGCAGCUCAAAGCACUAAAAGUGAGCUGCUCUCAGAUCAAAAUCGCCCAGUGUGUAUGGGCCUUUAGUCAGAAGACACAACACAGCUCACAUUACCAGGAACUGGUCAUUUACAAUUCUCCUUGAUAUAUUUAUCACACAGAUUCAAAGAUAUGUAUUUGACUUAAGUGAAAAAAUUACUGUCACCCUUCCCUGCAUAUACCUUAUAGGAUUCGUAUAUCAAUCAGACCAGCUGCAUCAUUCCAAAAGGGGCAUCCCAAUCUCCUGCCUCCCCUCAUACAGUAUGUCUGUACAGGGAAACAUUUGUCUUCAACUCUAUUUGACACUUUACAUAGAGAAUGUAUAAGUCCACCUGGAGUUUAUUUCAAAGAAAGUGCUUGGCUAAUUGACACCCAUGUGAUGCAAGGCGGUAGCCAGUCAUGUGAUGCAAGGCGGUAGCCAGUCAUGUGAUGCAAGGCGGUAGCCAGUCAUGUGAUGCAAGGCGGUAGCCAGUCAUGUGAUGCAAGGCCGUAGCCAGUCAUGUGAUGCAAGGCGGUAGCCAGCCGUAAACAAGGCCUGAUUCAGAGUAGAAUGCAAACCCAAUGGUUACAUACUUCUCCGAUGCCGGGUGGACGGCCAUGGGGCACAGUUACUGGCCCCGGCAGAGAGAAAGCACCGCCCAUCCUAUUUAACCUGAGGGUUACUCAGAUGGCCUUGGUUUUUGCAGAUGAUCUGAUGCUGCAUAUUUGGACGCAGCAGCUGAUAACCAGAGCCGACAGGAGGUGUCUAUUUACACAAGACGCCUUCCUCAGCCUUAUCAUACUUACACACAGCAGCUGCAACCAAAGACACAGCUGCUGUGACUCAGACCUACAGUAUAGUGCAGCUGAGGUUACAAUCGCCAGUGUUACAGUAGUUUGAAGUCAGCCAAUCCGAAACUGUCAAAACCGCCAAUCUACCUUUAAACGGUCAGCAGUUUGAAUGGUUUGGGCGGUUUCAAAGCCUCUGCACAUUGCUGGCGGUUAGACACUCCAAUUGGGUGGGUAAUAAAGGCGGCGGAUUGGAGGGUAGAAUCUCCGGUGAGGUAGGGAGGUUUUCAACAGCUUCUUAAUCACCCAAAACCCUGCACUCGAUUCUUGACACACUAAGCCAUAUCCUGACUGGAGAGAACAAGCGCAAUCAUGCAAAAAUAGGGAUCUGACAUCGUAAAGAGACAGGUCACAUGCCACAGGGCUGAUUUUUAUUUUUAUAAACUUAAAUGUAAUAAUUAUGUAAUUUUAACAGAAUGCAUUAAGUAUUUUCUGCCGACAUUUCAUUAAAUAUGACAUACAACAAGGCAAUAUGAUAGUACAUAUUUAUUGAAAUGUGUCUGCCAAGUGGUAUAAUACCCCAAGUCAAUGUAUUUUAUGCACAUACCUGUAUUAUUGUUUCAAGAAAUGUUUUUGUAAAUAUAAUGUUGCCACCCUCGAGACAUCUGAAUUAACUAACCUGGGCCCUCAUUCCGAGUUGAUCGCUCGCUAGCUGUUUUUAGCAGCCGUGCAAACGCAUAGUCGCCGCCCACGGGGGAGUGUAUUUCUCUAUCGUCCUAGUGGAUGCUGGGGUUCCUGAAAGGACCAUGGGGAAUAGCGGCUCCGCAGGA